CGAAGGACGAAGUGUGAGAAAACAAAAAUCAAGUUGAUUUGCCAAACGAGCUUAAGGAAUGCAGAUUUAUCAAGAUAUGAAGCUCUACGUCAAAUUAAAAUGAAAUUCCAAAACUAAACAAACUUUAAAAAGUUACAAAUCUCCAAUAACUCAAGAAUCGCGUUAAUAUAAAAAAUAAAAUUUUCAAAUAUUAUUUCCAAAGCAUGAGUCUAAGGACACACAUCACAGUCGCUAUAAAUUGCUUUAAAUAAUAAAAAUAAUAACAAUAAUAACAUAUGCUUACUGCAAGGAUGUGCAGUUUUUGAGGAUAUGAAAAACUAAUGUCAACUUAAAAGCUAAGUAACAAGUUCUUGCGUAAAUAUCAUUAUUGUCAAAGCAAAUACCAACAGAGAAGGAACAUUGCAAACGAAAAUAUCAUUUAUCAUUUGGCAAAGAAUUUCAACGCAAAUUUUGUAACACAAUUUUUUUAAAAUUUAAGGACAUAAAAAAAAUAAAACUAGAAAAGAAAUUACAAAGAUACAAGGAUUUCGUAGCUUCACAGAAAAACGCAUUAACCCCAAAAGAGCAUUGCAUAAACGGAUAAAUUACAACACUUGAACCGUCGUUCAAGGAUAUCGACGUAAACGCAUUGACACAUAUGCUGUAGACUAUCACUGCUAAGACAUUAAAUGCUUGCCACUGUGCGGUGGUGACAACAAUUUUGCAUGUAAUUUCGGUAGCUGUAAAAAUCAUAGAAAGUACUCACAAAUGUUACCCAUACCAACGCCAAUGCAUUUACUAGAAAUACGUAUCAUUUUACUCUGCCUGCCAUCAAUACUGCUGGCGACGACACUUGAACCAGAUCAAAAGUCAAUACUAACUGAUAGUGAUUGGAAGAAACUAUGGAUGCGAGGCGGUAUAAAUGCAGAUUCAAAAUUGGAUAACAAUUUAGAUUCCAGUGAUAGUCCAAUGUUUGAGGAUAGCGAAAUGAUGGCGCAUAACACGACCGUCCAAUUGGGAGGCACAGCAUUCUUAGUUUGCAAAGUGUCUGGCGUGGAUAGAGUGGGUGUUAAUUGGAUACCUCAAAUUGCAGCAUUUAAAACACCUAAUGUCUGUAUUGCAAAACUAGAAAAUAGGUCAAUAGAUGACCUUUUUGCGUAUAUAAGACGAACCCCACAAUUAUUAGUAACUAAUGGUAGAAAUGCCGCACAAACUAUAGACACUCAAGUGCAGUAUUCUUGGAUGAUUGAAGCUGCUAACAGACCUCACUUCUGA